AUGGAAUGUUUUAGAUGUGGUUUUAGAUAUCUUGAUCUUAUAAGUCUCAGGUGUUUACUCAUCAUGCCUGGUGUCGCAAAGGGAGAGAACUUCGACUACCUGUUCAAGAUAGUCUUGAUAGGUGACUCGGCCGUAGGAAAGACAAAUCUUCUGUCGAAGCUGACAAGAAACGAAUUCCACAAGGACUCAAAGGCAACAAUAGGUGUUGAAUUCGGCACAAUCACAUUCAAAAUAGGCGAGGACGUCGUAAAGGCACAGAUAUGGGACACUGCAGGGCAGGAGCGGUACCAGGCCAUUGUCCAGGCAUAUUAUAGAGGGACGUCAGGCGCUGCAAUCGUCUAUGACAUCACAAACAAGGAUAGUCUGAAAAAGGCCACCGGCCUGUGGCUGAAACAGCUCAGAGACUUCUCGCCAAAUGAAAUUCCAAUAGUACUCAUUGGAAACAAAAAGGAUCUGGAGAGCGACAGGGAGGUUCCCACGCAGAGAGGGAAGGACGAGGCUGUUACAAACGAACUUUCGUUCUUCGAAACUUCUGCAUUGACAGGAGAGAAUGUUCGAGAUGCAUUCUUCGAGCUUGUCAAGAUCAUUCAUAAGAGGGCGAAGGCACAGAAGGUCUCGAUCGGAAAGAAAAAGCUCAGGACUGUAGAGUUCAAGAGAGAAAGCCUGAGGGAAGUAAAGCCCAGCCCUAAGAAGGGAUGCUGCUGA